AUGGCGAGGCAGGCUGUGACUGAUUCACAGCGGGAAUUGCUUGACAGCGUCAUGAGUCUGACAAACCGGAUCCGUGGUCCCACGGACAUGCUGUUCUCGCACUUCGAGCAUAUGGCGUCUAUUGGGUCUCUCAGAGCGUUGAUGGACAUGGGCGUCUUCGAAGCUAUGCCGCAGGAUGAGACGCCUAUUUCCGCUAAAGAGCUGGCUGCAAAGUGCAAGGUCGACAUGCCAAUAUUGGUUCGCCUCUUUCGCGCCGUCACCCCUUGGGGUCCCUUCAAGGAGACGGGUGAGAUGCAGUAUGCACACACCGAAAUGUCCAAGGCCUACCUGAACCCGGGACUGCGUGCCGUGUUCACGCUCAUGGUCGAUGAAUUCAUGGGCCCGAUGGCUAGGAUCCACGAAUUCCUCAAGCGCGAUGGCUUCGAGAACAAAUUGUCCAUUACGCACAACCCGUACGAGAUGUACCACCAAACCGGCGGUAAGAGUAUGUUCGACUACCUCGCUUUGAUACCGGACCGAUUCAGCCGUUUCAACACGUCCAUGUCUGCGCAGAGCUCGGGACUGGCGACCAUAGGAACUUUCCAUUUUGAGGAGGAGCUGAGCAAGAUCACAAAUGACGAGGACAGCGUGGCAUUUGUCGAUAUUGGUGGAGGAAAGGGCCACGUGAUUAACCAGAUCAAGGCCGCCACGCCCGGCCUGAAGGGCAAAUUCGUGCUGCAAGACCGUCAGACUGUCUUGGAUGACAUCGAUCAUCCCACGCCAGGAAUUACCAGGAUGGGACACGACUUUUUCAAACCGCAACCUAUCAAAGGCGCACGUGCUUACUAUUUCCGCCGCAUUUUCCACGAUUGGCCCGAUAAUGAGUCCCGGAUAAUUCUAAAGCACAUCGUCGAGGCCAUGACACCUGGAGUAUCGCGUUUAUUGUUGGCAGAAAUGGUUGUGCCGAACAAAGGCGCUGAUGCAUUGGCGGCCUGGAUGGAUCAAUGUAUGCUGAGCUUCGGAGGCACAGAGCGUACGGAGAGAGAUUGGCGGUCAUUGCUGGACUCAGUCGGUCUGGAGCUCGUAAAAGUAUGGCCGGCGCAGGGUACGACCAUGAGUAUUGUGGAAGCAAGGCUCAAGCCGAAUUAGGGACAAGGAUGUCCGGGCAGUGAUUGACGAAGGAUGUGAACGAAGGGUUUGAAUAAAGCAUUGGUAAUUGUAAUCAGAUUCACUUCCCCAAACUUGCGCGCUUAAUGAAAAUACGCGCAGGUAGUUUUUCGAUGUCGUCGCUGGAGCAUCAUCGCAUGGCUUAUUUCCAGCAUCGGUGCGUUUGCACCACCAACCACUGCUCUUGCACCGGACAAUGCCCUUGACAGGAUGCCUGCGUCCCGAAGAGAAGCCGAUCAACUUGCGCGACUUUGAUGUGAUGGAUCAUUGACCGCUUAAGUUUGGCUGGUAUGUACUGUUGCUCGCUGUCUCGUCGGAUGCAUUGGCAGGCAUUGAUGCAUGUUCUUCCGGCAAUGGCAAAUUACGAGUGCCACACGGCGUGUCGAGUGAUUGGAUUGGC